AUGUACUGGUGUCAUGUACUGGUAUCAUGUACUGGUGUCGUCAUGUACUGGUGUCAUGUACUGGUGUCAUGUACUGGUGUCAUGUACUGGUGUCAUGUACUGGUGUCAUGUACUGGUGUCGUCAUGUACUGGUGUCAUGUACUGGUGUCAUGUACUGGUGUCAUGUACUGGUGUCAUGUACUGGUGUCGUCAUGUACUGGUGUCAUGUACUGGUGUCAUGUACUGGUGUCGUCAUGUACUGGUGUCGUCAUGUACUGGUGUCAUGUACUGGUGUCAUGUACUGGUGUCAUGUACUGGUGUCAUGUACUGGUGUCAUGUACUGGUGUCAUGUACUGGUGUCAUGUACUGGUGUCAUGUACUGGUGUCGUGUACUGGUGUCAUGUACUGGUGUCAUGUACUGGUGUCGUCAUGUACUGGUGUCAUGUACUGGUGUCAUGUACUGGUGUCAUGUACUGGUGUCGUCAUGUACUGGUGUCAUGUACUGGUGUCAUGUACUGGUGUCGUCAUGUACUGGUGUCAUGUACUGGUGUCAUGUACUGGUGUCGUCAUGUACUGGUGUCAUGUACUGGUGUCAUGUACUGGUGUCGUCAUGUACUGGUGUCAUGUACUGGUGUCGUCAUGUACUGGUGUCAUCAUGUACUGGUGUCAUGUACUGGUGUCGUCAUGUACUGGUGUCAUCAUGUACUGGUGUCAUGUACUGGUGUCGUCAUGUACUUGUGUCAUAUACUAGUGUCAUGA